GUACCUCUCAUUCAGCUGGUUAUGAACUCUAGUGCGGCAGAGAAUGGAGCAAUUAUCAGUGUAGCAGCGAAUGACUUGAUGGAUACAAGGGGCGACUCAUACAAUUUGGAGCCAGGAAGAACUUUAGAAUGUAAUGAGCAGCUUCAACUGUAUGAAAAAACGGAAGAGUACAAAUCGCUGUUCUGCAACGCAUAUGCAGCUCGAUUUAUGCAUUCUGUACUACGUGAGCUAUCUCCAGAAGAUACGCAGUGGGAUCGAUCCCAGGAUGCAGCUUAUGCCCCAUCGAAGCCACUAGGCCAAGGCGGCUUUGUUGGCGAAGCUUGUUAUAGGGUGAUCCCGCAAGACAUGGUAACUGCUCUUUAG